AUUAAUACGCCUCUUACAUCUUACAUCAAUAAGAAUAUUUCAGUUUAGUUAUAACAUCCAACUUGAUUUCAUCUAAAAUUUCAUCAAAACCAUCAAAAUGAAGAGAAUUUUAUUAAUUUUAACGUGUGUUCUACUCUAUCUUCACUUUUCCAAAGCGAUUUAUGUUCCUGGUACUCCUACACAAACAAAAACAAAAUCUGCGCUUGGAAUGAAGACUUUAACAUGGCAAACCCCUGAAACCACCAGUGAACCAAUUGUAGUCUACCAAAAUUACACGAAUGUCAAAAUUCAACAACACGUGAAUGACGACAAACAAGUUUACAUGAAUAAUAAUUAUAAUAAUUAUAACCAACAAAGGAAUAAUGAACAAUUUGAUCUGGAACCAGGUGCUUCUUCAGGGUAUACCAGGAAAUACACAAAAACACCUGGUGGGGAUGGAUAUUUUGAAAGUACACCUUCAAAAAGGUUAAUUUCUUAUCCGCAUGGAAGGGAACAACAUAAUGUCUUUGCCCUUAGCAAUAAUCCUCCACAAAAUGAACCUUUGGUGACUUGUACAGUUAAUUGUCAAAGAAAUGAUCAAAAUCAACCUGGUGAUCAAAAUAUUAAUGGUGGGACAUCAUACUGGGCACCUUCUUAUAGUGGUGGGGGUAAUAGGUACCCUCAACAACCAGAAACAAGUAAUUCUGAUAGUGGUUAUGGUGGUAUUACCAUUUCUGGUACACCUUUUAAACCUAAUAGAGGAUAUCAACCUCAACAGGUCCCUACUUUAUCUCAGAAUCAUUAUAAUGUGAUUAUUCCCCAGAAUUACUAUUCUGGGAAGGUUCAGAAUGUACCACGUCAGACUAGACCUGCUUCUAAGUGUCCUCAAGGUGCAACAGGGCAGUUCCCUUAUGAAAACUCUUGUAAUCAGUUUUUGAACUGUUGGAAUGGACGUGGUGUGGUCCAAAACUGCGCUCCUGGUACCCUCUUCAAUCCAGAGACACUGGAAUGUGAUUUCCCUGAUAAAGUGAAUUGUGUUAGUGGACCUAGGACGGCUAGGUAUGAAAAAUUAACUGUGAAGGAAAAAGCUUCUUGUCCUAGUGGUUUCUCUGGGAUAGUACCACAUUAUCAGGAUUGUAGUAAAUUUUUGAAUUGUGAUCAUGGUAGACAGGUGGAAAUGAAUUGCCCUCCAGGGACUUUGUUUGAUAUGGAGAGUAAUGUUUGUGAUCAUGCUUAUAAAGUGCAGUGUGUUAAUCAAGAGAAGAAACCGGUUAGGUUUAUUGAGAGUGGGAGGUAUGUUCAAGCACCACCAAGUUAUACACAAGGUGGUAGAGGAAAUAGGUUUGAUGAUCAGGGAAUCGGAAAUGAAAGACAAAAUGUUUACACGAAUCAAUAUGGUGGUAACCCUGUUAACCCUGUUACCCAUGGAACUGGAGGUAGUCCAAAAUGCCCUCCGCAGUUUUCUGGUCUGAUGCCCCAUCCGUCAGAUUGUAGUAAAUUUUUAAAUUGUGGAAGUGGCAUGACGCAUAUCAUGGAUUGUGGACCAGGGACGUUGUUUAGUCCUUCGUUGAAAGUGUGUGAUCAUAUCCACAAUGUUCAAUGUGGGUCUGGAGGUUCAGGAGGUCAAAAUAUUGGAGGUACUGAAGGGCAAUAUGGAUAUAAUCAAAAUGUGGGGAACCAUGAACAGAUCCCAGCGGGUUCUACCACCAAUCAACAGUGGACAUCUCAGAAUCAAAAUUGGGGACAGUCCCAACCUAAUUAUAAUCAAUGGGGUCAAAACCCAAAUCAAAACACUUUUAGUACUUCUAGACCUACUUGGGGACAACCUUCAUAUCAACCUUCAAAUUCUAAUACAAAUUGGAAUACCUUUGCUAAUUCAGGACACCAGCAAACACCUUCACAACCUCCAUCACAUCCUUCUAACCCUUUAAACCCUGUUUAUCAAAGUGUUAACAAUUGGGGUCAGACUGGUCAUUAUACUAGUUCCCCACAGGGUCAAACCCAAACAAAUGAUGAUGACCUAGAUCAGAAAAUACAACAAUUAUGGCAAAUUGAACCUUCUUCUGAAGGUACCACACCUAGGUACGAAACUUUAACCACAGCUUAUACAGAAAACAAGAGAAAACCAUGGCCGCCAAAGUUUCCUAGUGGUAAUACCAACAAUGAUUAUGUGUUUGAAGAUUACGACUUGGUUGAAGUGGAUCCCAAGAAAGUAAACAUACCAUCAAAACCUUUGAAUCAAAAUGGCGCACCUAGUCAACCAAAUAAUCAAGGUAAUCAUAUCCAGGUCCAAUGUACCAAUCAAACCUACAACUGUGGGAAUAACUAUUGUAUAAUACCCACAUCCAUCUGCAAUGGUAAAAAGGACUGCCCCAAUGGUUUUGAUGAACAAGACUGUAGUCUACGCCUUCAAGAUUUCGUAAAAACAUCUGGUACCAAACUGGCAGUAAAAGAAACCAUGAAAAUACCAAAUGUAACAUUAGCAUGGUGUGCAGCCAGCUGUGCCAAAAUCAACUGCAAAGGCUUCAACUUUAGGAAACACGAUGGUACCUGCUAUAUCCUGGACUCCAAUGUAGGUACAUCCGGUGCUUUGAUCAUCCUACCAAUGUACGACUACUUUGAAAACCAAAAAUACACAAUAUCCUGUGAACAAAUCAAUGGGUACCUUUGCAACAACCAAAAAUGCAUCUCAAAACAAAGGGUAUGUGAUGGCAUCAACGAUUGUGGUGAUGGUAUGGACGAAAAAGGAUGCACAGCUGAUGCAUUCAACUAUAAACUACGAUUAGUCGGUGGGGAAAACAAACAUAGUGGAAGAUUAGAACUUCAAGUUUUUGGAAGGACUGGAUAUAUUUGUGAUGACAUGUUCGGACUUAAGAAUGCAGAUGUCGCUUGUCGUGAGUUAGGAUUCACUCUCGGUGCGGCAGAAGUAAGAGGUAACUCACACUUCGCACCAGAUGUCGCUGAUAAUGACACUUUAUACCUAAUGGAUGAUGUGGUUUGUCUUGGGAAUGAAACAUCACUACGGGAUUGUGAUUUUAAUGGUUGGGGACACAGUAAUUGCAAACCUCAAGAGAUUGUUGGUGUUAUAUGCAAAACCCCUGUGGAAAUAUGCCCGAAAGACUAUUGGCAGUGUAAAAACAAUCUGGAAUGCUUACCAUUAGCUUUUGUGUGUGAUGGUGUGUAUGAUUGUUCAGAUAAAUCAGAUGAACAAUCAGAAUUGUGUGAUGCUCCUAUUAAAUUGAGGUUAACUCAAGGUACCAAAGGUCGUCUUGAAAUCAUGCAUAACGGCAUCUGGGGUACCGUCUGCGAUGAUGAUUUCAACGACGACGCAGCAAAAGUGGUCUGCAACCAGUUAGGUUACCAUGGAAGCGCAAAGGUAAUCAAAGAUGGCGAAUUCGGACCUGGUACCGGCCCAAUCUGGUUAGACCAGGUAUUCUGCCGAGGAAAUGAAACCCUUUUGGAGGAUUGCAUCCAUUGGGACUGGGGUGAACACAACUGUGAACACAGUGAAGAUGUGGGCGUCAUCUGCAACACCAAAACCCUACCAGGAACAGAAAGACAUCAACAUAACCUCAACCAGAAUAUAAAACCCAAAGUAGAUGAUAGUAAGCUUCCGGAAACCUGCGGAUUCCGCAACGACGCCAUUUUUACUAAUCAAGAUGACCCAGAAGAUGCACAUUUUAGAGUGGUAAUGGCGGGUACCGCCAGAGCAGGUGAAUAUCCAUGGCAGGCUAGUAUCAGAGUGAAAGGUAAAACAAAAUCAGCGCAUUGGUGCGGCGCCAUUGUUGUUUCCUCGAAAUAUGUGUUGACAGCUGCGCAUUGUUUGACUGGAUUCACAAAAGGUGCUUAUUUUGUUGUUGCUGGUGAUUAUAACGUUGAUACUGAUGAAGGAACCGAACAAGAAAGUUAUAUUGAAGACUUCAUAACACAUCCGAAAUUUGGUCAUGGGAAUAAAAUGAACAAUGAUAUUGCACUGGUACGUUUGAAAGGUAAAGGAUUCAACAUAACCAAAGAUGUGCAACCUGUUUGCCUACCUCCAGCUGAUUCAGAGUAUCCCGUGGGGUUAAACUGUACGAUUUCAGGUUUUGGGUCUAUAGAGAGUGGAAAAUCAAAAGCUUCUAGGGACUUAAGAGCAGGUUGGAUACCGAUUUUAUCGAAAGAAGUGUGUAAAAUGCCGCAUGUAUACGGCGCGGCCAUUACAGACGGCAUGUUAUGCGCUGGGUUCAUGCAAAAUGGCGUCGAUGCUUGUGAUGGUGACAGUGGAGGACCGUUAGCAUGUUUACAUGAAGGUGUUUUUAAAUUGUUUGGCAUAACCUCAUGGGGUCAACAUUGUGGUUAUGCUAACAAACCAGGCGUUUACGUCAACGUAGCCAAAUAUAGAACAUGGAUUGAGGAAACAAUGAAACAUCUAUCAAAUUAAUUGUUUUAUUUUGUUAUUAAAAUUGUUUAUGAUUUA